AUGUUAUAAAUAAAAAUUUCAGGUUUGCCAUAAAAUCCACAAUUAAUCAAUUAAAUUGAAUAUUUUUUGGUAGAUUCUAAUACUCUAAUAAGAAAUGUAAGUUUUAUCUAAUUUAGGGAUAUUAUCGUAAAUGUGUUUUACAUUUAGAUGGUUAAUAUAAAAAACUGCUACCAAUUGAAUCACCUUUACUUUUAAGGAUAAAAGUAUUGAGAAGAUUAUGUUAUUGUACAUUAAUGUUUUUCAAAGUGAAAAUCAUCAAAGGUGAAAUUAAUUAAGGCAAAAAUUAGUUUAUUCUGUAACUUUAUUUGAGAGAUUAUCAUGAUAAUAUUUCACUCUUGAAGAUCUAGUAUAAGAGUAAUUGAUAUUCAAAUUCUUAUUAGAAAAAUUUUACACUUAAGAAAUGAUAUCUUUAAUGAUGAAGGCAAUACUGUUCAGAUCUUAAUAUUAUUAAAAAAAUUAAUUGGUAUCCAGAGGUUUGUUGUAUUUUCAUCGCAUAAAUUGUACUAUAAUUGAAUAGGCUUUAAUGGAUAAAAUAACAUUUUUCUUGUGCUUAUCGGGGUAUGGUAGUGUUCAAAUAAAAUUAGUAAAUUUAAUUUAAUUGCUGGAAAUAGUUACUUUUAAUUGUAAAUUUUUAAGUUACUUUGAAAUACUAUCUAAAAAGUCUUGAUUUGUAUCAAAAGAAUUUUAUUAUAAUUUAUAAGGAAAUAACACUUACAUCAUUAGAAGAAAUUAAAAUGACACUUAACUAUUAUGUAAUCAAUAAAAAAAAUAAACAGACUAAAGAAAUUAUAUUGUCUUUGUUUUUGAUAGCAUUAGUUUAUGAAUAAUUGAAUGACUUUCUAAAAUAUUAAGAAACCAUAAAAAUAAUGAAUUGGGUUGAUUCAAAUUAUUAACCAGAAAAUUCAAUUGGAAAAUUGUAUUUUUAGUAAUUUUUUGAUAAUUCCGAAUAUAUAGAAUAUAUAGAAUAUGCACUAGAAAAAGCUGAAAUAUUUAAAGUAUUAAAAUAAGCAUUACCAGAAGAAGAAAAAUCUAAAAUUCCUGAAGAUGAAGAUCAAUUAAAUUACUAUACUAAUAUGCUUUAUGAAUUUAGUGAAUUUCCUAAAAUUAGAAGAUAAUAUUAUUAUUAUGAUAAAUCAUAACUUCCUUUUACUUAAGAAUUAAUAGAAAGUGAAACUUAAUUAGAAAAAUCAUAAGCUUUAAAAAUUAAUGCUCGUGUUUAGAUGCUUUAUAAAUAAUAACCUAAUGAAAAUGAAUCAACAACAAUGUACAGAUCUGCAUUAAUGAAGACUAAAUAUUCAGAUAAUGGAUUAUCUACUAGAUUUUAAACAGAAUCAGAAGGAUUUUCUUAACUUUAAUCUAAAUUUCAUAAUGAAGAAAAUAAAAAAAAUAACUUAAUAAAGAAGAUAUUACUUUCUAAGUUAAUUAUGGAAAUGCAAUUAAAAAAUCAGUUAAAUUAUAAGAAUUAGAAGAUUUAGGCAGAAUAACAUAAUUAAGAUUUAUUCUAAUAACAAGUUGACACUAUUUCAUUUGAUAAAAUAUUGAAGUAAUCUAAAAAAUAGAUUUGUAAUACUUAUAUAUUAUAAUUUAGAAUUUAAAAAAUGUUUGGUUGUAUAGGUUUUAGGAAAGAACCAUUUGAGCACGAAACAAGAUUGUCAAGAAAAAGACUUAAGAAAUAAUAAGGCAAGAGCAUUAAUUAAUUACAAUAACUUUUAAGUAUUCAACUCUAAAUUAAAGCUAAAACUGAACAAACUUAAUGCUUAGAAUAGUAUAAUAAUUAGAGAAAAGUUAAUUUUUCAUCUGCACCUAAUAUUUUUUAAAAAGUUCAUAAUACACAUAGAGAAACAAAAACAACUGUUAAAGCAUAGGAAAAAUCUGUAAUUACAAAUAAAGAAUUUAGUAAAGAAAUGAAUAGUAAUCAUAAAACAUAAGAUGAAGACCAAUUAAUUAGAGAGAUCGAUAUUAAAACAAAAGAAACAAUUAAAUAAUUGAUGGAUGAAAAAGAAAGUUUAAUUUAAUCUAAACCAUUUUCAACAAGAAGAUCAUCUUAAACUAAUACGAUUAAGUAUAUUUAUUUUAUAGUUAAAAAGUAGAAAUAAUUUAUUAUUUGAAAAAUUAAUAUCAAAUAGUAAUAAUUUAGCCCUAACAACAGAUCAAAUUAAUCAUUCAAAAAAAGUUAAAGUUCUUAGAAAUAAUCCUAAUCAAAAAAAAAUGACAAUUAUUUUAUCAACAAUUAGUCCCAGACCAACUAGUAAGAUGGGUUCACAUACAAUUCUAAUAUAUGUUGA